AGGAAUACUUUUUUGACAUUAUAUUAUAAAGGAAAAAGUCUGAAUGUGCGAAUAUAAGUGGAGUUGUUAAUCUAAUUUCUUAUAAUUAGUUUGUUAUAAUGCUGCUAUAUCCUUGUUCUAGUUUAGCAAUGUUGUUUUGUAUGUUCAGUGGCUUAAAAUCUGAAUUAAUAAAUUAGUUUUAAACGUUAAAGUCUUUAAAUACGUCCUAAAUUUUGCUGUCUGGUUUGAAAUGUUGCUAGUCGUAUGUAAAAUCCGCUGGAAAAUAGAACAAUAUGUAGUUUUUAUUUGGGCCUUCUGUGACUGACACUAGAUGUAACCUUUUAAAGGUUAUGGAAGAAAAUGAGAAGAGACGAAAAGCAGUAUCUCCACAACCCAGAAACCCAGCAGAAACUCCUGAAGUCAGUGAUGAAUCUGUCGAGAAUCGCAUUACAGACGUUUCUCCAAAAGCCAGCUGUGCCUCUGUGAAGAGCACCAGCUCCAUGGAUCUUCCUUUUAAAUUUAGUGGUGGGUCGGUGACCUUCGCCCCCAGUGCGAAGAGAGAUGCUUACAUCCAGGCUACUGAUCCUGCUCCAUGCCACACUUUAGCUGUUGAUCUGCUCAUAGAGAAACACAAAACCAGCAUGAACAGGAAGUAUGAGAGUUUGUUUGAAGGAAAUCAGUUGCGAAAGAAUAAAACAUCCCUGAACCAGAUCUACACACAACUCUUCAUCAUAGAGGGAGUGAGUGAAACUGUGAAUGAGGAACAUGAGAUCUUACAGAUGGAGAAAGGGUUCAAGACGCUUCAGGAAACUCCAAUCAAUUGCAAUGACAUCUUCAUGCCUUUUCCAGAAUCUAAGAAUUAUACACAAGACAAAGUCAAGACCGUUUUAACGAACGGCAUUGCUGGAAUUGGAAAAACAGUCUCUGUUCAGAAGUUUAUCCUGGACUGGACUGAGGGAAAAGCCAAUCGGGAUGUGGAUUUUUUGUUUGUGCUUUCAUUCCGAGAGCUGAACUUGAUUAAAGAUCAUGAGUACAGUCUUCGAAAACUUCUGCAGGACUUUCAUCCUGAACUUCAACAUCUGGAUUCAAUCGUUUUUGAACAGUAUAAUGUUUUGUUCAUCUUUGACGGUUUGGAUGAAAGCAGAAUCCCACUUACGUUUUCAGAUGCUCGGAAAGUCAGUGAUGUGAACGAGUCUACAUCACUGAGCGUGUUGAUGUCAAACCUCAUCCGAGGAGAUCUGCUUCCCUCUGCCCUAAUCUGGAUCACCACCAGACCAGCUGCAGCCAGUCAGAUCCCUUCAAAAUACGUCAACCGUCUGACAGAAAUCCAAGGGUUCAGUCAGCCUCAGAAGGAGGAAUAUUUCAGGAAGAGAAUCAGAGACGAGCAUCAAGCCAGCAGAAUCAUCUCACACAUCAGAAGAUCAAGAAGCCUCCACAUCAUGUGCCACAUACCGGUCUUCUGUUGGAUUUCAGCAACGGUUCUACAGAACGUCCUGGAAGAUGAUCUCAAUGCUGAAAUUCCUCAAACUCUGACUGAAAUGUACAUUCAUUUCCUGCUCAUCCAGACUAAAAUAAAGAACCAGAAGUAUGCUGAGAAUGAUCAGAGAAAUCCAGAAGAGCUUCUACAGUCCAGCAAAGAUGUGAUCUUGAAACUUGCUGAUCUGGCCUUCAAACAGCUGAUGAAGGGCAAUGUGACAUUUUACGAGGAGGACCUAGGAGAGCAUGGCAUAGAUGUUACAGAGAGCUCAGUGAAUUCUGGGAUGCUCACUGAGAUCUUCAGGUUGGAGUCUGUGAUUCAUCAUCAGAAAGUCUACUGCUUCAUACAUCUGAGCUUUCAGGAGUUUCUCGCUGCGUUUUACAUCUUUCACUGCUUUGUAAACGACACUUCAGAGGCUCUGAAAGUGUUUGAUUUGCUCUCAAAUUUUUAUAAGGGAGUGGUAGACGCAGCUCUUCAGAGUGAGAAUGGACACCUGGAUCUGUUCUUGCGCUUUCUGCUGGGUAUCUCACUGGAGUCCAAUCAAAGACUCCUACAGGGUCUCCUGAGGCAUACGGAGAAGAGCUCAGAGAGCAUCAGGACAAUCGCAGCUUACAUUAAAGAGAAAAUCAAACACGAGCAGGGGAUUUUAGCUGACCGAUCCAUCAAUCUGUUCCUCUGUCUGCUGGAGAUAAAGGAUCAAACCCUGUCCAGAGAGAUUCUGGAGUUUCUGAAAUCCGACAAACACUCAGAGAAUAAACUCUCUCCUGCUCACUGCUCGGCGAUCGCCUACAUGCUCCAGAUGUCAGAGGAGGUGCUGGAGGAGCUGGAUCUCCGAAAAUACAACACGUCAGAUGAGGGACGGAGAAGACUGCUGCCGGCAGUAAUGAACUGCAGAAAAGCACUUCUUGCCGGCUGUAAUAUCACUGAUCAGUGUUGUGACAUUGUGGCGUCAGCUCUGCAAUCAUCAGAUUCGUCCCUCAUAGAGCUGGAUCUGAGUAAUAAUGAUCUGCAGGAUACUGGUGUGAAGCUUAUAUGUGCUGGAUUGAAGAGUCCCAACUGUCAGCUUCAGGUACUCAGAUUGUCUGGGUGUAUGGUGACGGAGGAAGGCUGUGGUUUUCUGGCUUCAGCUGUCAGUUUAAAUACGUCGCACCUGAAAGUUCUGGACCUCAGCUACAAUCAUCCGGGAGAAGCAGGCGUUGAAAUGCUUUCAGCUCUACAGAACAAUCCAGACCUCAAACUGGAAAAAAUAAAUUUCAGCUAUUGUGGAGAGUUCAGGAUCACACCAGGAUUACAGAAAUAUUCCUGCUGUCUCAGUCUAGAUCCAGACACAGCAAACACUCGCCUCACUCUUUCAGAGAGAAACAGAAUGGUGAUGCGUGUGGUAGAUGAGCAGCCCUAUCCUGAUCAUCCAGACAGAUUUGAGCACUAUGAGCAGGUGCUGUGUAAAGAAACUUUGUCUGAUCGUUGCUACUGGGAGGCUGAGUGGAGUCGGGGGGUAAAUGCUGCAGUGGCAUAUAAAGGAAUCCGAAAAAAAGGUGGGAGUGACUGCAGAUUUGGGUGGAACGAAAAGUCCUGGGGUCUUUUCUGUACUCCGGAUCGAUACAGUGCUUGGCACGAUUAUAGGAGUAUAGACAUACUUGUCCAUUCAGACUCCUCAAACAGAAUAGCAGUGUAUCUGGACAGGCCGGCUGGAAUCCUGUCUUUCUACAGUGUCUCUGAUGAACACACACUCACACACAUACACACGUUUAAUGCCAAGUUCACUGAACCACUCUAUGCUGGAUUUUCUGUUUAUGGUUCAGUGUCAAUAGCGGGGUUUCCAUCCUAAUGUGAAGCAAAUCUUUCCAAAUUAAAAAAAAAAAGAAAGUUCCCCAUUGCAAAGUAGCUGCUUUUACCUCAAGUUAGAGUGGCUUGUUAUAGUAUUGGUGACCUAGUAACCAACAGUUACAAACAAGGCAAGCAUAAUGGAGUCAUGUGAGUGUAAUGUGUUUAUUAGUCAUUAUUAGUGUUUCCAUCUUACAUUAUUUACAUUAACCCUUUAUGCAAAACCACUGCAUGUUAGCGUAAAAACUACAUUCAGUCAUUUUCUUUUUGGCUUAAGGCUGAUUUAUACUUCUGCGUCAAACGCACGGGUAUGCUACGGCGUUGACGAAUAGCCCUUCGCCGUGGCCGUCGGCGUCACUGAC